CUCAAUAUUCAAGAAGAGAAGACCCUCCUCCAUUACAUAUGUUUGUUGUUUCGAUCAAAAUUCAGCUCCGCUUCUUUGGGCAAACUAAUCUUCUCUCAUCACGAAUGGACAACAAUCAAACCAUUCCAAACCCCAUAAAGGCAGUCAGAGCUAUACGAAAAUCUACCCGCUCUGCACUCGACACAAACACUAAAACAAAAGCAAGAGCAAAACCCAAACAAGAGGAGCAAAUACGGCCUACAACAUCAAUCUCUUCGACUCUCUUGGAAAAUUUUCCCAUCCUGAGUCGUGAUUUCUACCAGAUUGAUGCCCUUGAUCUUGCCCCCCCGUUUGCUGGGGAGGCAUCUCAAGAAGGACGACGUCGUCCUCCAGAUAACUGAGGUUGAAGCUUACAGGCCUAAUGACUCAGCUUGCCACGGUCGAUUUGGGAUCACUGCAAGGACAGCCCCUGUGGGUCACAUGUGUAUAUUGAAGUCAGACCGCUUUCUGCUGUUUUUCUUAACUUGGGCGGUGACAGUGAGAGAUGUAUCACUGCCACUUUUUGUUGUGUUUGGACGAAGUUUGAAUCUGAGAAAGCUUUGCUCCUCUACUAAUGUUAAAGAAGGAUCAGUUUGAGUGUAAUCACGAUUCAUGAAUAGCAUUGUCUCAGAACCUUUAUGCAAUUUUUUGUUUCUUUAUUGUUCAAUUGAGUGGAAUUAUGGUUGCUCAAUUUCCAGUGUGAUAGGAGUAUUUGUUUACAAAC